GUGCUGGACACCGCCUGCAAAGUGCAAAGCCCCUGCGUGUCCGAACCGAACCUUCACGUUCUCUAAAAUAUCUUUAUUAUUUUAUUCCAUUCCAUUCUAUAUAUUUUAUUAGAGAUUAUAUUCAGAUAUAUAAAUUUUUUUAAGCUGCAGUCUCUGAUACUUGCCGAAUCUCGCAAGUGGCUAGCUAGCUCCACUUGCUUUUCCUGAGCACUCUCCUGCUGAAAGCCGCCGAGACUGGCACAGCUGAACUGGAGAUCUCGAAUCUAGGGUUACGAAUCUUCCAAGCUUUCAGAUUGAGCUGUUCUAGAGAGAGAGAGGGAACGAGGGUUUCGCAGAGCGGGAUAGAGGAGGAGGAGGUGGAGGAUGAAGAUACAGUGCAACGUGUGCGAGGCGGCAGAGGCGAACGUGGUGUGCUGCGCGGACGAGGCGGCGCUGUGUUGGGCGUGCGACGAGAAGGUGCACGCGGCCAACAAGCUGGCCAGCAAGCACCAGAGGGUUCCUCUCUCCACUUCGUCCUCGCAGAUGCCUAAAUGCGACAUUUGUCAGGAGAUGGUUGGCUAUUUUUUCUGUCUUGAGGAUCGGGCUCUGUUCUGCAGGAAGUGUGACUUAGCCAUACAUACAGCAAAUGAUUAUGUGUCUGCACAUCAGAGAUUUCUGCUUACUGGAGUGAAAGUAGGUCUUGAGCCAAUGGAACCCAGUCCAUCCCCAUCGUCCAGCAAGUUGCAUUCUGGGGAAAAAAUCUCACAAAUCUCUGAAACAAAAUCUUCCAUGCUCAGGAGGAGUAACCUAAUGUCAUUAGGUGGUGAGCACAGUAAAGUAUUUCCUGUCCAAGUUGGUGGAGUUGAGGGACUUGCACCAGCAAAAGUGUCAUUUGCUGGGGGAUCUGAUGCUGGUAGCAUUCAACCAUGGCAUGUAGAUGAAUUUCUUGGACUACCUGAAUUCAAUCAUUAUAGCUACAUGGAUCAUGGUUCCUCCAAGGCGGAUAGUGGGAGACUUGGAGAAUCUGACUGCUCCCCAAUUUCAAGAGCUGCUGAGGGAGAGCUGGAUGCUGAUGAGUGCUUGGGUCAGGUGCCAGAGGCGUCCUGGAUGGUGCCACAGAUCCCUUCUCCGCCUACAGCCUCGGGGCUCUGUUGGCCUAAAAAUUCCCAGAUUCUAUCAGAUGGUGGAGUGUUUGUGCCGGAUGUGUUCUCCUUGCCUGUGCAAGAGUCUCGUCGUUUUCAAACCAAUGGCACCAAUUUAAAAAGGCAGUGGCAAUUCUAGCACCAUUUCCCUGUGCUUCUUGCUUCAUUUUGAUGUUCCAGCGUUUAACUGCUUAUAGCGAUGCUUGCUUCUAAUCCGUCAAGUAGUUGUAGAAUUUGUGGUCCAAUGUUUGGAAAAAUAUUAGCAUCCAGUUCGAGCUGUUUUGCCUUUUCUGUCUUUUUAGUUCUUUCUCAUUCCCCUACUGUUAUUAGGGCUAGUAAGAUAAAAUGUGAAGACUGCAGUGUUUUAAAGACUCGAGGGUGCAUCUUAAUUUGGGGAAGGGCGUGAAGCUGUCUAAGAUCACCAACAGUGUAGGUAAUCGCCAUUUCUCAUAAAUUUGUGAAAAAAUAAAAGCUGAUUUUUAGUCGCUUUAUAUUUUCA